AUGCCUGAAUCUUGUUGGUACACAAAGGACUUUAAAACCCCCCAGCUGUCUUUAAGCUGCACAAGACGAUCUUUUGAAACCGUUCUGCGACUAAAGGAAGCAAACCCACAAAGACAAGCUCGUAUUUCCUUCAUCUGCCCAAAAGAUCCCUGCAGUUCGGACAAAAAUGGUGUGACAGUUCUAAAAUCCUGUGUGACAGACAUCCUUCCAGCAACUGGACAUAACCCCUACAGAUGAUGGAAGACUCUGCCCACAUAUACAUCUCUGAACAUGGAGACAACAUGGAUAUACAGGAGGAAGAGGAGCGUUAUCAAGAUGAGCCACAUGUGACCUCUGAGCACACAGAGCUUCACAAACAUCCUAACCAGAACACUGAGGGAGAACAUUUUCACUGCCAGUACUGUGAGAGAAAGUUCACCACUAGGCAACGCUGGGAACAACAUGUGCAUAUUCAUGCUGUCUCUACUGAUAAGGCACAUGCACAUGAAAGCAGCACUUUAAGUUCAAAGAUUAGUCAGAUGCAGCAUGAAGAGACAGAGCCUGUAGAUUCAGUCAUGCAGCAGGAGAAGAAAACAAACUUGCCCCAAGAGGAGAUUCCUCAGAGAUCACUCAGUGAAUCAUCUCAACAUCAAACACAUCUUGAUCCAAAUGCUGCAUCAGGAGCUGUUCAGGAAAAUGAAGGGGAGCAUUCAGAACAAUACAUGCUCGACAUCUCCAGCAAUAUCUCAGAGAAUCUCAGCUUUUACAUCGAUGGAAAGAUUGUUUCAACUAGUACGGUUAGUAACUGUGAAGUUGCCGAGGUUCACUCUGGGUCUUCGGCUCUAGUCGGACUGGAUGCCCUGAUUGGGGACCCAGCCCAAAUCAACCAGGUUUUAAACAUGGACAAAGAAAUGUCUGGUCAGCCACAUGCCAAGAGAAGAACUGCAACACCUCCCCUCUUGCCACAAAUCAAAACUGAACUGGAAUCUGAGGUGGUUUUGUCUUCAUCAUCCUCCUCACUUGUAUCUACUUUGAUAGACAACCUCUUCCCCCACAGCACAGACUCUACAGUUUUUCAGAAGGAAAGAACAGUAUUUCUGUCCCCUAAGCUGAAGCAGAUUCUGGAGAAACAGGAUGGUCUCACACCUACACUGGCUCUCAUCACAGAUGGGCAGAAGCCAUCCUCACCUGUCUCCCUCUCUGUCCUGCCUUGUGGGACAGGAAGGUUCAAGAGAAGAACUGGCUCUCCAACAAGCUCCCCACAGCAAAAUGCAGCAUCAAACGAAGAAGCAUCCAUGCCCACAGAGGAGUUUGGUAAUGGGGGUGCGGGACAGAUUGAGACCCAGCAUAGCUCACCUUUACAACAAACAUUCAAUGACAACAAUAAUACAUCUCCAUCUGUAGUUGAACCAGCAGUGAAACAUGCUUUGUCAGAGAAUUGGCCGCCAGUGACUGGUGGUAAUUCCUGUAACCAGCAGCCUCUGGAUCUUUCCAACACUGUCAAAAGAAAUGAAAAUAUAUCUUCAGCCGAUGCUGCGCUUGAUUUGAGUUUGCAAAAAUAUAACCCAGCUGAAUCUGAACCAGCAUUCGAUUUGGUUUCACAGCCAGUUUUGAAAGGAGAAUCAAACUCAUGCAAAGUGGAAAAUCCCUUAAUUAAAAUUGGAGAACGACAAUUGACCCUGGGGAAUCCAGAGACUCCUCUUGUUACAGACUUCACCAUAGUCACAGGUUCGGACAUAGUGACUCCACUAGAGCCUGUUGCAGAGGGGCUUAUUUAUGGACUAACUCUACCUCCAAGUUCACUGACUCCAUCAACCACCUCCCUAACCCCUGUGGGCUUAGAGCCAGGUUCCCCAUGUACUAUAGCAUUUGCUUCACCAGUCACGCACACCAUGCUUCCCACUGCUCCUUCAUUAAUCACAGUUUUGGCUCCACCGCCACCUAUUCCCAAUCCCUCUAGCCAACCGAUCCAGGUAUUGGCCCCUAAUAUAUCUACUGAACCCUUAGUAAUCUGUACAGAAAAUGCAUUAAAUACUUCAGAGUGUGAUUUAACGACUCAAUUUGCCAGUACAAAUCCUGCAAACAUAGUCACUCUCUCCCAGCCCCUUGACCCAGGCCUAAAUCUGCCAGGUCACGUGUUUCUCACUGAUCAGAUUGCGCUCAAUCCACCUCUGGUUGAAUCCACUUCUGCAUCCGAAAUGUCAUUUACACCUACUGUUACUUUAAGUGAUUCCAUGCUCAAUUCUUACAACAUCGCAAGCAACACAUUGUUGAUAGAGUGCACAAUAGCUCUUGAAGCCCCAGGAAGCAUUGCUCCCGCAGCAGUUGCGUUACAAAAGAGUACUGCUGAACCUUCAUCACACACCCAGAUGAUUGUUAAUCACAUAGAACACCAACAGAUUGUGUCAGUACCCAACACUCAAACUGUGGACCCCACUAUUCUGAUGUCGUCUAUAGCAGAAUCUGUAACUCUGUCCACUGAGCCUUCUGUGAUAUCGGAUUCUCCCUCUGUGGGAGACUCAUGUCCUGAUGCAGACCCCGUUACUCAUCCAGAGCUACCAACCGUAAGAGAUGAGGAAGCUGCGGAGGGUUCAGAUUCUGUGUCUGAAAUUGCACCUGAAUCAUCUUCUCCUCUUCUGCCCGAGAAAGCCAAAGAAGAAGAAAAAGACGAAUCUUCAAAUAACACAGCCACUGUCCAAGAGCAGACAUUCACAAAGAACUUCAUCUGCAACGUGUGUGACAAGCUUUUCCACUCGAUGAAAGAACUCGGCCAUCAUGUAGGUGACCAUGCUGAUGAAUGGCCUUACAAAUGUGAGUUCUGCGUGCUGCUUUUUGGCAAACCCUCUGCUUUGCUCGACCAUCGAUCAAGCCUUCACGGUGUUGGAAAGACUUAUGUCUGCAGUGCAUGUACAAAAGAAUUUGUCUACCUUUGCAAUCUAAAGCAUCAUCAAGAGGAAUUGCACCCCGGUCAGCAGUGCACAUACACAGAAGAAGAAAAAGGAAAACUAAGACCUCAGAACUACAACAACUCCACUAAAGUGAACAUAGAUUCUUUAACCCUUGAAUCUUUGGAAGAAUCUAAGAAAUCGGUGAAAAAGGAAGAAUGUGAGGCUGAUGUUGCUUCUGAAGAGCUGUUCACAACAAUUAAGAUCAUGGCAUUAGAUGGAAGCAAAGUCAAAGGGCCAGAUGUUCGUCUUGGCAUUAAUCAGCACUAUCCGAGUUUUAAGCCCCCUCCUUUUCCCUACCACAACAGAUCCCCUGCUGGCUCAGUCCCUUCUGCCACAAACUUCACCACCCACAACAUCCCACAGACCUUUAGCACAGCUAUUAGGUGCACAAAAUGUGGGAAGAGCUUUGACAACAUGCCAGAGCUACACAAGCACAUCCUAGCGUGUGCAAACGCGAGCGAUAAACGGCGGUACACGCCACGAAAAAAUCCCAUCCCUUUACGGCACUUUGCAAAAUCUCAGAACGGGGUGCUGUCGACCACAAAUUCCUCUAAUGGACUGAAUUCGUCAGUCAGAGUCAGCCAGGCGAAUAGGUCUAAACCUGGCCAUGAACCACCCGUCAAGUUUAAAAUGCUGAGCAGAAGGAAGAAAAAAUUGGUUCAAAGAGUCAUGCCACAGAGAAACAAGUCCGUCCCUCCGUCAAACAAAGCUUCACCUGCACAGGUGGAGGUGCAGCAGGAAGUCUUUGUGUGCCCGCACUGCAGCAGGGAGUUCACAAUGCGCCGCAGCAGAACCAAGCACAUGGCUGUCUGCCCCAAAAAACCUAAGGAAAUGAAAAAAAGGAAAGAGGGAGGGAUCUCCGUCACAAAAGAAAAUAACGGACACUUGCACAGAGGCGCUCCUCAUAUGAAAGAUAAAGAGCAGUCGUCGCCUCAGCAUAAAACCAGACUUCAGACAUCUGGCUCCGCAAAGAGGCCGGCCAUUCUGCCAGUGCAAACCAUCUUCUCCAGCAAAAGAAGUAAGAUCAUUAUAAAAGAGAGCACACAGCCAAAGCAGGAAGCACCCACCCUGACAGAGCUGCCCAUCCGCACCUUCAACCCCUCCAUGCGGCAGUACGGCAGAGUGCACCACAGCGUCAAAGGAGUCCCAAUUAAAAUCACCGUCGUCAAAGCCCAACAGACUGCACCACAGAGAGACGAUUUGCCUCCCACUCAGAGCCAAGAGGAAGCCAGUGGAACCAAUAGCAGGCACUCUGAGCAGAGCGCGCUGGCUUGAUGACUCGGAGGACCAUCCGGGAUCAGCAGUACUGUGCUGUAUGGAAGUCCUCAAUUAAUCAAAAGGGAGAAAAACGCACUUGUUCUUUUAACCCAGCGGACUCGUAGGCUGCACCGAAUUACCAAAUUCAGAACAGAUGAAACAGACAAACCAGGAUAAUGCAAUGAGUAAGUGUGAAGAACUUAGAGUCGAAUGCUUUUUUUUAGGAGCUUGGCAUAUUGAAGGAUUUUUCCUCCGUUGCAUAAGCUUGCUGUCAGUGGUUUGAACUUGCACUUAAAGUCAGUCUGACUGCUACAAAAUGGAAAGGAACCAGGAGGGCCUGAGCUGCUCUCUGUUCCUUUAUGAAGGGAUUCUUCGGAGAAGAUGGCAAGUGGCAAUCAUGUUCAGCAUGCAUUUGCACUUUUUGCUGCCUGUGGCCUUUUGGUUUAGAUUCUGACUGCAUGCUGUCUGUGAGCUUCCAGCACAGCCACGUUCAUGUGAGACGUCUUGUGUUGAUGCAGGAUGGCCUUAUACACUGAAUUUGAUCAUGAACAUUUGCUCCUGUAGAAAAGAAGUGGGAGCAAAUAGAAGGCAUGCGAAAUGUCAUCAAAUGUAAAUGUGGAAGAUUGUUUUUGAAUUAAAAACUAUAAGAUAGAAGAAACGUAACAUUGCAGUGUAACACUGGCCGCAAGCUGCCCAUUGUAAGUCCCGUUCAUGUCACUAUAAUUAUUAUUAUUGUUAUAAUUUGAUCAAUUGUUCAGAUAUUCUUUUUUUUCAUGAUUGUCAUGAAUGUAAUAUUUAGUAGAUUUACUGCCACAGCAUUUUGGGUUUUGUUGUUUUGGCUCAGCUGCUACUUUAUGUACUGUAUGGGUGUUUAAAGAAUAAUGCUCUUUAUGUGCCAUCAGACAAAUGUGGUUGGACAUUAUUUGGCAUGAAAGUAGUGCAAACUUGAUGUUGUUAAAUGUUUCCCAGUUAAAGAAUUUAUUUUGGUGGCUUUAACAAACAGAAUCGACUCCCUUAAAAUGUAUUUUCCAAGCCAACCCCUCUCAAAUGGCUUUUAGAUAAGGAAUAUUUACUCUUGUCAUCUCGACUGGGACUCCCUAGAGGAAGAUAUUUCAUUUGUCAACCGGAUUCACAAGGAUACAUAAAAGCAUAGAUAAAGCCAAUGCAGUUACUUUUGUGGCAGAAAAAUGUUCCAGAGCACUCAGGCCACCACAAAUAAAUUGGUUUUAUUUGGGAAACCCUAAUAUUGAAAGCAGAACAGAAGCAGUGGUGUGUGUGCAUUCUCUGUACAACUUAGAUACAACAGAGGCCGAGGCAGUCCCGGGGAACGGCUGGACUGCAUGUGAGCCCAAUCAUCAUUUACAGUUUGAUUUUAGGCUUUGUUUCACACUUAUUCUACAAAUCAUUGUCAGAUGAUUGUCAUGUGAAGUUUAUCCCUCUCUAUGUUUUUUCAAAGUCUGUUAAAGUAAUUUUCUUCUGUAACAUACAAGCAACUCAUCCCUGCCUCUACCCUCUGUAGCCGUUGUCCACCGUUUAAUCUACGAAGUGUUGAUGAUGACAUCCACCAUGUGCAUCCCAAUUGGAGAACUUUUUUUUUCUCUUAAAUGUUUGUUGCACAUUUUCAUGAUGAGCAUAGUGUGUUUUAUUUACACUUUUAUAAGCUAAACGUUUGAAAAAUUAUGUGCUAUACAGGGUAUUUUUUGCUUUGUCAUUGAACUGUUUAAUUUGCUCAAACUAAAACUUGACAACUGUAUCUGUGAGAGUGAGAGAAUCUGUGCAAUGGUAUUUCCACAUUUUUGCCUUUUCAGCCCCCAGUGGUAAUUUUUCUUUAAUUCGGACUGCAAAUGUUGGAUGUACAGGGUGGUUUGGAAGAGUGUUACUUAACUGUGAAAAGUGCUUGUAGCAUUUCAUAGUGUACAUUGACUUAUGUGUAUUUAUUGAUAAUUUAAAUCAGCUUAUCAGUGUCUGAAUGAUUUCUGUGAUGAUUUGCACUAAAAAUGUUUUUUUUUUUUUCAAGCAAGUGUUCAAAAUAAAUGGA